AUGGGGGCCUGGACGUCGUCUCCGUCGGACGAUAGCGACGACACUAAGGCUCCCACGAGCCCGCCGCCGGUACCAUCGUCUUCCUCAUAUUCCGCUGCGUCGUCCAGUGCCGUCGGUUCUGGCUCAGAUGGGUCUCUAGCCGACACAAUCCAGGUCGAAAACGGGUCUGCAAGUUGCGGUGACCAAGUGGAGAUCGAAGUCGUAACCCCCGCCCCAACGGACUGGACGUCCCAUGAUCGCUGCCCUUACUACCCUCCACGAAGUGACGGCUGCACGGAGCCUCGUUCGUGUCGAGACUGCCUCAAUAUCGACGUGGGAGGCUCGUACAGCUGCAUGGUGAACCAGUACGGCCGCUGUGUGCAAAAGGAGCCGUCAACCUUCUCCAAAGACCUGGUUUUCUGGAACCAGAACGCGUCGAAUGAUAAAGAGCAGUGCGACGACCAGAAAGUCCAGUUUCCGGCUGAUGAAGUGGACUAUUGCUCGUACAAGGACAAGAAGUGCAAAAAGUGUCGAGACACGGUUUUCUCCGACGUGAUGAACGGGAGAAUCGACGGCUCGUUGACAAAAUUCUGCUAUGGCAAAGGGGGAUGCGUCUGCAUUGCAGUGUGUGAAGCUCCGAUCUGGAAAAGUACAAUCGGCCAAACCGUGUGCAAUGGCACAGUGGUUAAUAAGGACUACGAGAGCCAACACGCCAAUACUUACGGAGGCUCAACGGGCCAGGAGGAACAUGGAGGACCCCCCAUUGGCAAUAUGUUGAUAGGGAUUGUAGGCGGCGUGGCUGCUGCCGUGGUGCUCAUUGCUGCAGUCAUUUACGUCCGCAAACGUCGAACAAGCGACAACUCCACUGGAUCAAGUGGAUCAAAUAACUUUGGGGGACAGACUGGAAAUACACAGGAAGGUGAAGAUUCAGCCACUGGAGCGGAGGGAUCUGUGCCCAUGGCUGUGCCAGUGGCUCCUCAACUGAGUCUCUUUGGCUGGCAGGCGAUGAGAUCGGAGCUGAUCGAGAGAGAACAGUUGCUACUGGCUGGAGUUGAGGACUUUUCCAACGUCAGGACGGGAUAUCUGCAGCUUUUAGAUGUGGAUGCGUCUGCACCCCCGCAAGAAGAGGACGAGAGCUCAGCUCCAGUGCUUCUGGUCCCCUUGGCAGGGGCAUCGGCGCCGUCAUUCUCUCCGAGAGCGCUCCCUGUAGCUCCGUCUGCUCCGUUAGUGUCACCUUCGGCCCCUCCAGCCUCCCCCACUCUUCUCGAAGAAGAGUUAUUGUAA